UACUUGUUUCUGUAGGCGUCUUCAAAUGUAUUUAUGAACAUUUAAGGAACUUUACUACACAGGAAGUUGUUUAGAGGUUUUACUUUCAAGUAGAUGAUGGUUAGAGUUUAGUGGGGCUUAACCUGCCGCAAGAACAACCACUCUCUUCAGAGACCAGUGAAACUAUGGACGCCACAGACCUUCCCUCCACAGUUUCCUGGACCAUGCCUGAAGAUAGCACUCAUGUCUCCAUUGUACCACACUGGACCAGAACUGAAGAGGACACUAAUACUACUAGUAUCCUAGUAUCCUGUCCAAUGGAACCCAAGCACAUCUCCAUCGCCAUCGUCCUCUGCAUGAUCCUACUGCUUGGCCUCCUCCUCAACAUCUUCAGCGUGUGGGUCUUCAUGUGUCGCAUGCCCAAAUGGAAGCCGGGAACCAUCCUCCAGUUCCACCUGGCCGUCAGCGAUGCCGCCAUUUGUCCUCUAGCACCUUUUAUCAUGGUUUACUUCGCUAAGGGAGGAAACUGGCCUUUCGGGAACUUCAUGUGCCGACUCAAGAUCGCCCUGUUGACUACUCACUUCUACGGUAGCAUCCUCUUUCUGACUCUCAUCAGCGUCUAUCGCUACGUGUCCGUGGUCUACCACAGACAGGACUCUCGCUUGAAACAAAAGGACUUUGUUAAGAAGCUCUGCGCUGGAGUUUGGCUCUUUGUGCUGGUCAAAGGAGCAGUGUGUGCAGCUCUUAUAGGUGAAAGUACUGUGGGAAACCAGACGGUGUGCCUCAACAUCCACCAGACGAACAAUAUCAACGUGUAUUUCGCCAUGAACUUAAUUUUCUUCAUCCCUGGCUUCCUCGUUCCGUUCAGCAUCUCGCUAUACUGCUACAUCCGCCUGGCGAGGUCAGUGUCCACCAUCAACAUCUGCCACCAAAAGGGAAAGCGAAUCAAGAGCAAAUCAUACAAAAUGGUGGCCAUAUGUCUGGUCAUUUUCGGACUCUGCUUCUUGCCCAUGAAUGUGGUUCGCACCGUGGUCGUGGUGGUCAAGAAGUACUUCUCCGGUAACUGCGACCUUCUCUCAAAGGUGGAGACGGCUUACUACGUAUCGUGGGUUCUGUCUUCGGCCAACUGCUGCCUCGACCCUCUCAUCUACUGCUUCUCCUCUGAGAAUUUCACCAAAGCCGUCCGCAGUUCACUUAGAAAAAUCGGUGUCCGGAUUCAGACGCCUCAGGAGGACAGCGCUGGGAGGGGUCAACAGGAAAAUAACGUAGUUGCUCACUAUCCUACAUGGGAUAUCACUGAUGAAAGGACAUGAGAACUUAUUAACCCAGGCUCUACAGUGUAGCACAUAUAUAUUCAGCUCUGGAAAAAAAAUAAGAGACCACUUAAAAAUGAUGAGUUUCUUUGAUUUUACCAAAUUGAAAACCUCUGGAAUAUAAUCAAGAGGAAGAUGGAUGAUCACAAAUUGGAUAAAGUUAUCCAAAAGCAGUGUGUAAGACUGGUGGAGGACAACAUGCCAAGAUGCAUGAAAACUGUGAUUAAAAACCAGGGUUCUGAACUCUUUCUGAACUCUUAAAACUUUAUGAAUAGGAACUUGUUUUAUUUGCAUUAUUUGAGGGCUGAAAGCUCUGCAUCUUUUUUUGUUAUUUUAGCCAUUUCUCAUUUUCUAUAAAUAAAUGCUUUAAAUUACAAUAUUUUUAUUUGUAAUUUGGGAGAAAUGUUGUCUGUAGUUUAUAGAAAAAACAACAAUGUUCAUUUUAUUUAAACAUAUACCUAUAUAUACCAAUCAGCCAUAACAUUAGCAUCACCUGCACCCCAGAAGUUUGGUGUGGCACAAUGGAAAACACCACUACCUACAAGUGAGCAAUUAAUGCGGGAGACUGGGGUUCAAUUCCCUGUCUGGGUUACUGUGCUGCACUACAGCUUGAGCACCUAGUCCUUGGGUAAGACUCCUAAUGUCAUUGGCCUACGUCUGUAAUUCAAGCAAUCCUAUAAAACCUAAUAAUGAGUAGUAGAAUGAUUGAUAAAUUGUAGCUCAAAUCUGUAUUUUUACCCAUUUGUCCUGCUUUUAACACUCUAUAUGUACACCCACUUUCACUUCCCAAAUUUAACUUCCUUGAGAAAUAUUGCAGAGCACAUCAAUACACUGUUCAGUAUUGACAACUGUGGCUCAACCAGUAUUGUUGCAUAGUUUUGCAGCUCUGUUCUGACUGAAAAAGAGAGUGCAAGUCAGUGUAAAAACUGUUUAUGGCCAGCAGUGAAACUGCUAGCUGUUAGAUGUUACUUUUACUUUACAUUGUUUUAUAUUGUCACCAACUGUGAAUUAUUUGGAGUGGUGAAUUUUUCUCACAUAAAAAGUCCUCAAUGUGGCCUGUAAGAAAGCUUUAGCAACUUACUCUGACAUAAAACGUUAUGGGUUUAGCAGUAUGAAAUUAGAUCAUGAACAUCUUGGGAAAAUCCACACAUGUAGAAGUUGUGAGGUGUUAUCUAUUGGUUGGUGCGGUGCAAUGGAUAACUCCACCACCUGCCAGUGAGAAAUUCCAGGUCUGGGUGACUACAGAAUGCUGCACUGCGCUACUUUGAGCAAGACUACUAACAUUACAUUGGCCCUCCUCUGUAACACAAAUAACCUUGUGAGGGGAUCGCCGGAGAUUGCCGGUUCGAAUCCUGUUUAUGUAGUUUGCUAUCAGCUACCAGAGCCCUGAGAAAGCACAAUUGGCCUUGCUCUCUCUGGGUGGGUAGUUGGCUCUCUCUCCCCUCAUCACAUCAAAAGGGUGAUGCUGAUCAGCACAAGGCAUCUGUGAGCUGAUGUAUCAGGAAUCGAGACGCUGAGAUUUUCUCCGAGUGCGCUGUGAUGCUACUCAGCAAAACUGCAUCAGCAGCAGUUCAAUGUGUUGAAGGAGUCCUAGAGUGGGUUGGCUAACUGGCCGUGUAAAUUGGGGAGAUAAUAGGAAAAAUAAAAUUAUUAAAAAACUGGUAAGAUAAGAGUGUCAACUAAAUGCCAUGUAAUGUAAAUGUAAUGUAAUCUUGUGAGUAAAGUGAAACACUGGCCAUUUCAUCAGUCCACUACACUUGUUCCAAAAACUCUAUCUAAACAUCUCUAGAUAUUCUGUAGCAAACCUCAACUGUCUGAUUUUUAUAGGCCGAAGGUCAGGUUUCCUUUCUGCGACUCUUCUUCUAUCAACACCACGUUUGUGCAAGCGCUGCUGCACAGUGAAACAGAACAUCACCCUCUUGACUCAGCUAAACCUUUCUUGCAGGUUUCUCACAAGCUGCAACAGAGGCGUUUAUAUGUCAGACUCACCAGCAUUUCCUCUGCGGUUCCUCUGAACUGCUAUUUUUUAUAGACUGCACUGUAAAAACCACCAGCUUCACCUUUUUCCCAUAGCCUUGUCCUGCCACGCCACACUGACACAGUGUGUAAGACUGGUGGUGGAGAACAUGCCAAGAUGCAUGAAAACUGUGAUUAAAAACCAGGGUUAUUCCACCAAAUAUUAAAACUUAAUGAAUAUGUACUUGUUUUUUUGCAUUAUUUAAGGUCUGAAAACUAUUUUUAAACAAUAUUUUUAUUUGGAAUUUGGGACAAAUCUUGUCUGUAAUUUAUAGAUUUAAACAACAUU